AUGGAAGCCUCUGUCUGCGCGCCAGACGAUACACUCAAGAGGCUCAUGCCGUUGGUUAUGGGAGGAGCUGGGUUCAGUUAUCAGCUCCAUCCUCAGCCAGAAUCUCUACCAGUUCGCCGCAUUAUCAAACGAGCCUUUGAUCUAGGUCUCAGAACCAUCGAUACCUCACCCUACUAUGAACCCUCCGAACAGUUGAUCGGUGCUGCUUUGCGCCAUCCUGAGAUUACAUCCUCAUACAAAAGAAGCGACUAUGUUCUGAUGACCAAGGUUGGAAGAAUACGGGAGGACUAUUUUGACUAUUCACCUGAGUGGAUUCGAAAGUCCGUGGCACGGUCACUGCAACGGUUUGACACGAGCUAUCUGGACGUGGUGUUCUGUCACGAUAUUGAGUUUGUCAGUCUCGAGGAGGCUCUCCAGGCUGUGGAAACCCUUUAUGAACUAUCCAAUUCAGGUGUUGUUCGCUGCGUGGGGAUUUCAGGCGCUGACAUCAACAUCCUUGAGGCAGUCGCGUCGCGGGCUCGUGCAAAUUCCGGUCGUGCCAUCGACAUUGUGCAGAUCUGGGGUCAACUCACGCUACAGAAUACCCGGCUUGAGCAAGGGGGCUUAGACGCCUUUCGAAUAGCAGGUGUUAAAGCUGUCUGCAACUCGAGUCCGCUCGGGAUUGGACUGCUCAGAAGCGGCGGUGUUCCUGUCGGCGCCUUGGGAAAUUGGCAUCCUGCGCCCCUGGAGCUGCGAGCUGUGUGCCAGAAGGCCGCAGAAUGGGUCGAGGACGAAAGCGAUAAUUUGGCUUCUGUGGCCUUGCGGUUUUCAAUCUCUCGAGCUCAAAGAGCAUGCCGGACUGGCUUCAACGUCACUACCAUUACCGGAAUUAUCUCUGAAUCCGACCUGGAGGAGAACGUACGGGCGGCCAAACAAAUCCUCCAGAAGUCUAUUGCCACCACCUCGAAUUCAGCAAUAGAACCCUCUGGGGAUUUGCUCUUUCAAUAUGGGGAUCUUGAUGAGGAGGCAGUUGGACGAGACAAACCUCUUUAUGAGGGAGUUAGAAAGAUCCUGGGGCGUUGGCUUGACUACGAGUUUUUUGGGUCGCCGAAGCCCAGAAUCCAGAUCCAGGCUCAGAAGGACGGGGGUCGUCUUCUACAGCAUAGCUCUUUCUCCUACGGUGCACCCAUCAAAGACCUGAAAUAUGCCGAAGAGCGACAAGCGGAUCCGCCACCUUCUUCGAUCGAUGACGUCCUGACUUUCAUCCUGAUGUGUAUCGUGAUCUCAGGGGGAGAUUUCAAAACAGACUGCUACCCAUGGUGGAGCAAGGCCGUCAGACUCUCGCAGGCUCUGGGGCUGAACCGAGUAGAUGCCAACGAGAGCAAGUAUGGCUCAGGGUGCCCGACACCAUCACACACUUGCCUGGGAAACAAAAUCGAGGGCCGGUGCUAUGCUGCUCUGGAAGCUCAGGAAGAACGACGACGUGUGUUCUGGCUUCUAUUCUGCUUGGAUCGACACUUGGCGUUGGCUUUUAAUGGUACACCUAACAUUUCAGACGACGAGUGCGAUGUGUACACUCCGCUACCCGACGACGUAUGGGAGAAUUUCGAGACUGUCCCCAGCGAGCUUAUCACCGAGAGAUCUCAUGGACCACCUGUUCUGGUGACGGGAACAAGCUUUUUCGAAUAUUUCUUGCCUCUAAUGGCCAUCAUGGGAGACGUCAUUCAUAUCCACCACCGUCGAUAUCACCCUCGCUUCGGAACUCUCGAUGACCAGAACUCCAUCUCCAUGGUGGAGGAGCUGUUUGCGAAUUGCGCCCAGAGCAUCGGUGAUCUCGAGAGCCGAUACGACACAGAAGAACUGAACGGUGCGAUCCCGGCAAGCGAGUUCCUCACGCCGACUUCGGGAUUCCAAGAAAGUCCUCUCAACCACGCCGUGGGGACGCCGACAGGACGACGACCCAAAAGCCGUGCAUUGGCGCAACUGGUCACGUCCUACAGCACCUUCAUCUUACAUGUACUCCAUGUCCUGCUGUACGGUAAAUGGGACGCCGUGUCCAUGCUGGAGAACGAGGACGGAUGGAUCACGUCCGUGCCGUUUAUGAAAUGUGCAUCGCACGCCAUCGCAGCUUCCGAGGCUGUCUCUCAAAUCCUCAAAUGUGAUCCCGAGCUCACUUUCAUGCCGUACCUAUUCGGCAUCUACCUUCUCCAUGGGAGCUUCAUCUUGUUGCUGUUUGCCGACCGGAUGCCGCAACUCGGGGCGAAUGAGUCGGUCGAAAAGGCCUGCGAGACGAUUAUCAGGGCUCAUGAAGUCUGUGUAGUGACGCUGAGCACCGAGUUCCAGGUGAGCAGAUGGCUUCAGGCCACUAACCAUCGAAAGAUCGAGCGCCUGGCCCUGUCAACUGACGCUUUGACAGAAAAGGUUCCGCAAAGUCCUGCGUUCAACGCUGUAUAG